AUGGGCUCAACUGGGGACGAUUACUACGACUUGGGGUCCUUCCACAGGGGAGUCACUACCCGGAAUCCGACUGCCCAGAAAUGGUUUGACCGUGGAUUGGUAUGGUGCUAUGGCUUCAACCACGAAGAGGCCGCACGCUGCUUCGAGAGCGUCAUCGAGAACGAUCCGGAUUGCUCAAUGGGCUACUGGGGGCUUGCGUACGCGCUUGGGCCCAACUACAACAAGCCUUGGGAACUGUUCGAUGAGAAGGACCUAGAAACAAGCUUAAGACGGGUCCACGAUGCGGUGCACAAGGCACAAGAGCACGCAGCGAAAGCAACGCCCUUCGAACAGGCCGUCGCCCACGCAAUUCAGUUCCGCAACCCAAAGGAUGUCGCGGACAAGGACUACUCCCGCUACAACAGGGCCUACGCCGACGCCAUGGAGGCCGUGUAUCGCCAGUUCCCGGACGACCUGGACGCCGUGACGCUGUACGCCGACGCGCUGAUGAACCUCACUCCGUGGGAGCUCUGGGACUUGCGCACCGGCAAGCCGAUGCCGGGCUCGCGGGCGGUUGAGGUGAAGACGGUGCUGGACCGCGCGCUGGCGGACCACGAGCAGCAGGCCCACGAACACCCGGGCCUGCUGCACAUGUACAUCCACAUGAUCGAGAUGUCGCACACGCCGGAGCUGGGCAUCACACUGGCGGACCGGCUGCGCGAUCUCAUCCCCGACGCCGGGCACCUACGCCACAUGCCGUCCCAUCUCGACAUCCUCAUCGGCGACUACCGGCGCGCCAUCGCCAGCAACGCGGCGGCCGCCGAGGCCGACGAGAAGUACUACGCGCGCGAGGGCGGCAUGAACUUCUACACGCUGUACCGGCUACACGACUACCACUCGCUCGUCUACGCCGCCAUGUUCAACGGCCAGUCGCGCGCCGCGCUCGACACGGUCGCCAAGAUGGAAGAGCACCUGCCCGCCUCGCUCCUCAGCGUCGACUCGCCCCCGAUGGCCGACUGGCUCGAGUCCUUCCUGUCCGCGCGCCUCCACGUCCUCGUCCGCUUCGGCCGCUGGCACGACAUCCUCGCCCUCCCGCUCCCCGCCGACCCGCACCUCUACUGCGUCACCACCGCCAUGACGCACUAUGCCAAAGGCAUCGCCUACGCCGUCACAGCCGACAUCCCGCGCGCGUCCGAACAACGCGCCCUCCUCCGCGCCGCCGUGUCCCGCGUCCCCGACACCCGCAUGGAGUACCCCAACCGCGCCUCCGACAUCCUCGCCAUCGCCGUGGCCAUGCUGGACGGCGAGCUCGAGUACCGCAAAGAAAACUACGACGACGCGUUCGCGCACCUGCGCAAGGCCGUCGAGCUCGACGACAGCCUCAACUACGCCGAGCCCUGGGCGUGGAUGCAGCCCACCCGCCACGCCCUCGCCGCGCUGCUGCUCGAGCAGGGCCGCGUCCAGGAAGCCGCGGACGCGUAUGCCGCCGACCUGGGCUUCGACGACACGCUGCCUCGCGCUCGCCAGCACCCGAAUAAUGUGUGGGCGCUGCAUGGGUAUCAUGAGUGUCUGGCGAGGCUGGGUGGGAGGGAUCACGAGCAGACGAGGAAGAUUGUUGAGCAGCAGUUGAGGCUGGCGCUGGCGGUCGCUGAUGUAGAGGUUACGGCGUCGUGUUAUUGUCGGCGGGGUCGUGGUGAGGGGGAGGGGAGUACGAAGGCGAGCUGUGGUGGUUGUUAG